AUGACGGCUUCAUCAGAACAAAAUGACGUAGAGCCGCCAGCGAAGAAGCCUCGUAUCGAGGAAAAUAACUUGGUAAUACAAGAACUCUUUGAAUGUCUUCAUCAAACUGGUCCAUUAGUUAUCGGGCCAGUAGCUAAAAGUCAUACUCUUCCCGGAAUAAUCGGCGCCAGUUUACCAAAAGUCUCAUCGGAACAUCAGGAUGCAAUUAAAAGAGCAAAAAAGUAUGCAAUGAAAGAAAGCGUCAAAAUGGUUUUAAUGAAGCAAACUUUGGCCCAUCAGCAGAAUCAAAUGGCAAGUCAACGGAACCAAGUCCAGAGACAGCAAGCUCUGGCUCUUAUGUGUCGAAUUUACGUGGGAAGUAUUAGUUUUGAAUUGAAAGAAGACUCAGUUCGUGAAGCAUUUAUGCCUUUUGGACCUAUUAAGUCAGUCAAUAUGUCCUGGGAUUUAAUGACUCAAAAACACAAAGGAUUUGCUUUUGUAGAGUAUGAUAUACCUGAAGCUGCACAACUGGCGCUUGAGCAAAUGAACGGUGUAAUGAUCGGCGGGCGUAACAUCAAGGUCGUAGGAAGACCAUCCAAUAUGCCGCAAGCUCAAUCAAUCAUUGACAAUAUAAUUGAAGAAAGUAAACACUAUAAUCGGAUUUAUAUUUCAUCUAUUCAUCGAGACAUUGAAGAAAAUGAUAUUAAAUCUGUAUUUGAAGCUUUUGGUCCUAUCAAACAUUGCCAAUUAUUUCGAGGAAAUUCAGCUAAUCGUGAUAGAAAUUAUGCGUAUAUCGAGUAUCAAACGAUGCAAUCAGCAGUUGAAGCGAUAUCUUCAAUGAAUCUCUUUGAUUUGGGAGGAGUUUGCUUGAGGGUAGGAAUAGCCAUUACACCUCCUAAUGUACUGAUGGAACCUUCAAGUGGUUCAAGUACAAUGCCAACAGCUGCAGCAGUCGCAGCUGCUACUGCUACAGCUAAAAUUCAAGCAAUGGAUGCUGUUGCUAGUAACGCUGCUGCGCUUGGAUUAACAAAAAUAGGAGACUCUGAUUCACCUUAUCAGGAUAUUCCUCGUUCGAAUUCAUCUCCGACGGCGGCAUCAAUUGCUCCAGUAAUUCCUCCACCUGGAGUAGUUAUUCCACAAAUGUUAUCAUCACAACCGAUAGGUACUCAAUAUCUCUCUGGACAAUCUGUUAACAUCCCGCCACCUACAGUAGUAGCCCCGACAGCAAUUGGAACGCUAGUUGUACCAGUAACUAAUUCGCCAACCGUUGACGCUACUAAACGAGCUAAAGAGCAAGCUCAACAAAAACAGCAGGAAGAAUUGCAAAAAAAAUUACUUGAAGAGACUGAAGUACAGACGCUGCAGCAACAAGAAAACUUGACCAUUAAAGGUCCAAGUGCUCGACAUUUAGUUAUGCAAAAACUUAUGCGUAGGAUUGAAUCGCGUGUGAUAGUACUCAAAAAUAUGACUUCACCUGAAGAUGUUGAUGAAUUGCUUGAAGAAGAAAUUAAAGAGGAGUGCUCCAAGUACGGAGUUGUUAAUAAGGUUGUUAUUUACAAUGAGAGGCAGUCUGAAGAUGAUGACGCUGAAGUAAUCGUGAAAAUAUUUGUUGAAUUUUCAAACAUAAGUGAGGCUGAACGUGCGAAAAAUUCUUUGAAUGGUCGUUAUUUUGAUAAACGACUUAUCACAUGUGAAUUUUAUGAUCAAGCUUUGUACGAUUAUUCAGACUUUUCCGGUUAA